AUAUGAGUGACAUGAUUUCGGUGGCAACCACAAAGUAAACACAACGCUACUGCGUAAAUUUAUUUAAAUAAUUGUCUUUCUAUAUUGUUAUUUCUUUUAAUAAAUAUGGAUAAUUUUGAAGAAACUUCAAAUGGUGCAAAUGGGAUAAAUGGUGCUGAGGAUGAAGAGAUGGAUGCGAAGGAAGAUGAUGAAAAAGAAGAGGAUGAAUUAGAAUCAAAAGAGGACAAAACGAUUAAGGAAAAAUUGGGAAAACGAAAGAAGAUCAACAACAGUAAAAAAUCAACAUCUCAGAAUGAUGGUAGAAAAAAUCCAAUGCUGCCUGAAUUAUUUUGCUACAUUUGUCAGAAAUCGUACACGAAAGCAUAUCCUUUAUCUAAGCAUCUCGAUGAACAUUACAGUAAUCGCAAGGUGAUGAAUGAUAAUCCUCAUCCUUGUUCAAAAUGUGGCAAAAUCUUCACAUCAGAGAAAUUCCUGGAGUGCCACAUGAAAUCUUCUCAUGAGAAAGAGAAGAAUUACGACUGUCGGGUAUGCAAUCGACGAUUCUCAACGGCAAAAAUCCUUAGAAUUCAUCGAAAAGUCCAUGAGAAGGAGAGAAAGUACAAUUGUGAAUUAUGCUGUGCGAGCUUUCGCUUUCAAAAUGCCAUAAUAAUCCAUGUUGAAGAUCAUAUUGCAAAACUACCUUUCCCAAAAGAACUCCUGGAUCUCCAUGUGAUUCCGUCAAUUGAUGAAAAUUCCCAAGCACCUCCCGGAGUUAAUGCGGACCUUCUGAAUGGUGGUAUUCUGUAUAAAUGCAGUCAGUGUCCACAGAAAUUUGCAACAGUUAACGAACGACGCAAUCACCAGAGUAAGGAACAUCCAAAAAUUCAUACUUGUGAAUAUUGUGGAAAGGAACUUCGAAGCUCAUUCAGCUAUCGCCUUCAUUUGGUGUCACACACCAAAGAAAAAACUUUUAAAUGCAGGCUAUGUGGUGAGGCAUUUGCCUAUCCCAAUCUUUUAGUUGUGCACAGAAGAGUAGCCCACGGAACUGGCGAUCCGGAGAAACUUCUGCGGCCUUACCGUUGCGAACCGUGCGGGAAAGCAUACGUCUUCAAAUACGCCCUAACUGAACAUAUAAAUUUCGUGCAUAGAGAUUUAAAAUUGAUAUGCGAUCUCUGUGGAUAUUCCUACGGGACAAAAGCUCGUCUCAGAAGGCAUUUCAAGAGGGUUCACCUGAGAACGAAAAUGAAUGAGAAGCAGAGAGCUACGUGUGCAAGAAUGAUUGGGUGCAAGGCGGAAAUAGGUAAGGCACGCAAGUGUCCAGAAUGUGAUUUUGUAGCCCACAGAUUGAUGGACUUGCGUAAUCAUCGGAUUGAGACUCACUUCAAUAAACUCCACUGCAAUGAAUGCAAUAUCACCAUGACCAGCAUUUUAACUUACCGCCAGCAUGCUGAAGAUCACAAAGAUGGGAUAUCAGUGGUUCCUGGACCUGGAAGACAUGGAAAGAUUUUUGGUUGCAUCAGUUGUGACAAAUUUUAUACAGACAGACGUUUUUUGCGUGAUCACAUAAAUGCUCGUCAUCGUUCGAUUGUUUUCAAGUGUGAUCACUGUGACAUGACUUUUCAGACAAAAAGAUAUCUAGUUCGUCAUUUAUCUCUUCACCAUGGGAUUACGAAUAAAGAGCCCAAACCGGAGAAAGUGGAAGGAAUGAAGAAAAGAGCUACGAAAAAGAUGAAAAUAAAAAAUCUUCAAAUACCUCAGGAAAUUCCAGAACAUUUACCAAUGCAAUUGCAGAAAGAUCCUCCGCAAUCUUCUCCACUUGCAUUGCAUAUUCCUCAUCAAUCACCUCAUGCAAAUCAGGCUUUUCAUUCCUCGCCAUCCGCCGAGAUGCAGCAGUACAAGAUGGAUCAAAGUGUUCAAGUAGCACCUAGUCUACCUCACGAGAUGCAACAUCAUUCGAUUCAGUAUAUUCAUUUUGGUAACAUUGGUUCAUUGCAAUGAAAUACAGGUCUAAUGGGCUGAUCAGAAUUUCGUUGAUGGGAGAGAUUAAAUGGACGAAAUAACAAGUUAUUUUUAUUACUCACCCAUUUCUACAUAAAUCCAUCAUUUGUCAUGAGAGUUGUUUAAAGUGAAAUAAGUAAUUAAAAUAAAUUUUAUUUGUGUAA